AUGUUCCGUCGUUGUCUCCCAACCGCCAGCCUGAGGAGGCUCUACACAACAUCGAAUCAUGAUAACCUCCGUCGGUCUUAUCUCUAUGUUCCGUCCUCAUCCGAACGCAUGCUCGAAAAGUCGAGAAGUGUCAACUCUGACAUUAUAAUCUAUGAUUUGGAAGACAGUGUCUCUCCCUCAUCCAAAGCUAGUGCUCGGGACAGACUGAAAGACUUUCUAAACGCGAACAAUAACUUACCGACCUCAGAGCGAAUUGCUGUGAGAGUGAACGACAUUACCACGCCCUUUUUUGUUGAAGACGUUUCAUCCAUUCUUCGAAUACCAACCGUUAAGACAGUCGUCCUUCCCAAAGUGAACUCGGUGCAAGACUUGCAUUAUGCGUCCCGCCAUAUCCACCAAGUAGCCCAGCAGAACCCUCGUCAGAUACCGCUUCACAUCGUUUCGAGUGUGGAAAGUGCUAGAGCCCUCUGGAAUCUCGGAGAUAUUGCAAGAUGGAAGUCCGAGCAUGAUGAAGUGCAAGGAGGUGUUCUAAGUGGUUUAUUGUUUGCGGCUGAAGACUAUUGUGCGGAUACUUCUAUCAUACGGACAAGAUCACGACAGGAACUAUUAUACACGCGUUCCCAGAUUGCUGUCGCAGCGAAGGCGUUUCGAUUGGAGGCCAUUGACAUGGUGUGCAUUCAUUACAAGGACCUUGACUACCUGAAGGAUGAGUGUGAAGAUGGAAGAAGACUUGGCUUUACGGGCAAGCAAGCCAUUCAUCCGAGUCAGGUUGAAACUAUACAGUCUACAUUCGUACCGACCUCGGAGGAAAUCACUCGUGCAGCAAAAAUUCUCCAUCAAAUGAAAUCAGCACAUGCGUCGCAGAAGGGGGCGAUUGGUCUCGACGGUGAGAUGAUAGAUGCACCGAUGAUUAAACAGGCGGAACGAACGAUCAAAGUGGCAAGAACAGCCGGGCUCACUAUUCCAACACUUGAAUGA